GCAAGACUGAGUGAAAGAGACCUUCCGUUAUGACGCCUUCAUCAGAAAACUGUGCCUUACCCGUGGCAGCUGUCGUGACUGUGCUGACCUGUGUGUUGCUGCACGGGGCCCAGGCAGGAGUGGUGGGGGACUUCAACCAUGCCGAGCGCUGUAAGGACUCGCUGUACAUGGGCACUCCACCCCGAGGCUACCUAAGCAACUCCUUUAAGAAGAUCUGCCAAAGGUACGAGGAUAAACCCCGCUAUGUCACGCUGUACGACUCCCACAAACACGUCCCCAUCUAUUCUGCCUAUACGUUCAAGAAGUCAGAUGGGGAGAAGAAGGUGGACUUCCCUUGGAUGUUUGAGCCCCAGCUGGCCUCAGAAAAGAGCAGCAGUAACAUGGAGCCCUUCCCCCAAUCUUCAAGCAUGCAUAUGAAUUUUGAGGACGGCCAGGCAGUCCUGGAGGACUACGCUGAUGUGGUCCAGUAUGAACGUGGCCAGCUAAACCCUGACGAGCAUCAGGCUGACCCUCUGGACAAAGCCUCCACCUACAGUUUGACAAAUGUGGUACCCCAGAUCAGGGAGUUCAACUUGGGUCCCUGGGCAGAACACCAGGACCUCAUCCGCAAACGUCUAAACAACUACUGCCGAGGCAAAGCCUUUGUGGUCACCGGUAUCACCACCUCUGGGCACACCAUCCGUCGCAACAACCUGGACCGGGUGGCUGUACCAGAGUACAUGUGGUCGGCCUACUGCUGCACCGAGUUUGACCAAAAUGCACCAUACUUUGUGCGCUACAAGUUCCCUGUGUUUGCAGCCUACGGGCUGAAUGAUCGUGUCAACAACCACAUGGUCGAAGUUCCUCUCAAGAACCUGGAGAAGUUCCUCAAGGGGAGGAUGGAUGUGGACAAGAACUUUCAGAUUUUCUAUAACGACUGUGUACCAGAUAACUGAGAUGAAGUGGGUGUGAUCUCUGUUUUAAUUCAAGUUUAAAGUGUGUUACCACUGUAGGAAGGUUUGCCGUUCUUGUAGCUCAAGAUAUACAUGGAUUAAGAUGUCUUGUCAAAUUAGAUUAUAUGUUGUAAGAAAUAAAAUGGGGAAUUCCUUUGUGUCUGUCUCAUUAAAUCCAAAUAAUUAUUUUCAUUAUCAGUUACUCUGCAGAUUAAAGCUUUGGUCUGUAUAUUGUCAAGAAAUAGUAUAAUACUAUG